GCCUACGAAACUCAGCUACUUUAAACCGUAACCUAAGGUACCUAACCUAGAAACUCGUCAUAUUAUCGCCCCUAACCUCGUUACGUUAGAGUCAGUAUGAUGCUAUGUAUAGGUACCUAUGCACUACUGUCCAUGAGUUGAAACCAAAAGUCGCCUAAAUAUCUGACACCAUACACCUAACAUGUUGCUCAUCUGACAUGUUUCGACACCUUCCCUGCCUGGUUCUAGGCCCCAGUGCCAUUUACUCUACAGUAACCUACCAAGACGAGGCGGUUCUGCCUUGCUACUAAUCCGGUGACUCACCUUAACUCGUCCAUCUAGCCAAUCGUCUUACACGCCUCGAAGCUGGGGGGGCAGGGGAACCGGGGAACCGGGGGUAUGGUAUCAAAAACGACAUGGCUUUCGAUGACUCUCUCAUAAGUAGGCUAAAACUAGACAUCCUUAUGAUUCAUACGCCCAAAGGUAGACUUUAUAAAUAUGCAUCUAUUCUCUUAGCUUCCGCCUCCCUCUAUCUCUGUUAAUCCUCACCGAGAUACCUACGCUAUCAGCGCCCUGCACGUGGCAUCCAUUACGUCCUUCACCCCAUGACAUUGCUUUUGCUUUACGUGUUCCUAAAUUUUACAAUAUUACAAUAACAGAUAAAAUAAAAAGUCUUAUAAAUAUCCUAAUAAAUCGCCCCUCAUGACGACCGUUGCAUCAUCACUUCUCCCUGACGACCAACCCUUUCGGCGCCGCGUGCCUCGACUGAGUCCUGCACUCAUUAGAUGGCGAAGUCGACAAGAACCACAAAUUUUCAAACGGGCCUUCAAGUACGACCAAGUCAAUCGGUCUAUUAGGGCUAGUAGAGUUCACGAUAACCGUGUCAUCCGCCAGCGAAGACCUCGGCCUUCAUAUCCAGCAUGGGGGUUCGACGACGAGGACAGCCGCCGUUUGGCAGCCGACCCUAACUUUGCAUUACCCUCCGACUGCAGUCGUAGCAAGCCCCGGCUUGAACGCCAGGAAGCCUUCCGAGAACCCAAGACGCAAGGAUUCUACUCCGACGUAGUGGAAGAUGAUUCUGACUUAUAUAAGUUGGGGCUUCUAUAUGACGAUGAACUCUCACGCGGCUCCUACUUCAGCUUGGACGCUAUCGUCCACGAUGAGCCUGUCUACUCAAUCCGUCUAGCGAAGCGAGCAAGGAAACAGCGCAAGGAGCAGUCUUAUUUGCACCUAGACCUUUCGUACGCUUUCUUGGGUUCGGACAUAGACGCCGGUCCUUUUUUUGUUCCCGAAGUUCACGAAAUCCUUACUCCUGUGGAAGAUGCCUCCGUAACUCAAGACAGUCAUGAAGACAACCAUGCUUCGACGCGAUCAUACCAGGAUACAACACUCUCAGUUAUCCACGAGCUCCCGGAGAGCUCAGCACCUUCAUUUGAAAAGGCUGCCCCGGAGGCCGCUGAUUUCUCCGAUUUAGUUUCCGAUUCAGAGGGGGAGGACGAAGAAUCACACGAGUGGGCGUUAUUGGAGGAUGUCGAUAUUCUGAGUAAUGCGGAUGUUGAUACUGGCGCGGAAGAUAUCGUAGACGCAGUCUCCGUCACUGGAGAAGCCUGGGUCGUGCUGGGUGACGGCUCGUAGCAGGUCCGCAUAUGAGAUUCCCGAAUGCCCUCGGAUCUCGACCUGAUCGCAGCGUCGCUGCGCGGAUUGGUCCUCUUUAUACCCAGCACCCCAGGCACCAGUGUAUUCGAGGUGAGACAGUUGUGUGCUCGUAGUCUUUGGACUACUCGAGCUCACUGUUUGCGUUGAGGUGUAUCAAUACGUGUACGCUUUUGUAUCCCCCGCAAGACGUUGCAUCAUAUGGCUUUCUACAAUGGUUUCCUACACUGGUUUUCUCUGGCAUUAUUCGGCGCAUUGGCAGCAUACCGAUAUCCUGGGCUAUAGUUGGUGUUGAAGCUUUUAGCAUGAUUUGAUGAUUUCAUUUAUUCAACUGUACUUUAAAAGAUUAUUGUUGACGAAGUAUACGGGCUAGCCUUCGAACUGCCCCCUUUACGACGUCAUAAUUCAAGCUUAUCAAUCUAAAAAUCUAUCUUCGUCAUGUUGACAUCUGCCAAAUCUCGCAUUGCUAU